GAACACAAUGUUGUUCCUCUUUUAUGUAUGUUUAGGGAUUCUUUGUUGCACAAAGAAUGUUUUGUCAUCACUAACAUUUUUGAAACCAACUCAUUUAGAGAGUAAAAUCGUUGGAGGUGAAGAAGUAUCAGCUAAUUCCAUUCCCUAUAUGGCUGGAUUAUUUAUUACAAAACCAAGCGGCUUAUAUCUUUGCGGAGGUGUUCUUAUUUCAACCAAAUAUGUUUUAACCAGCGCAAAUUGUUUAGAAUCUUCUACAAGCGUUGAAGUAAGAUUAGGAGCUCAUAAAGUAAAUCAAGAAGAAUCGACUCAAGUAAGAUUAACAUCGACUCAAUUUAACAUUCAUGGUGAUUGGAAUAGUACAAGUUUAACGAACGAUAUUGCUACGAUUCUUCUUCCAUCAGCAAUAACACCAAAUAAUUAUAUCAAGCCGGUUAGUUUACCGGGAAGAGCUGAUAAAGACACAACGUUUUCAGGCGAAUGGGCUGUUGUAAGUGGUUGGGGUCGCGAUUCUGACGCUGCAAAUUCAAUGAGUCAAGUUUUACGUUCAGUUGACGUUGAAAUUAUGUCCAAUGCAAAUUGUAUUUUUUAUUACGGAACUUAUGUAACUCCCGGGCAUAUUUGUACGAGUGGAGUUGAUGGGGUUGGGUCAUGUAGAGGGGAUUCAGGUGGACCAUUAAUAUUUGAUGACCAAUUGAUCGGAAUUGUGUCAUUCGCAAGUUCUGCGGGAUGUGAAGUGGGAUGGCCAACAGCAUACACAAGAGUUACAUCAUAUUUUGAAUGGAUUGAAAAUCAUUCCGAUGUGGUUAUUAAUAAAUAA